UUCAGCGGUGGCUCUCUCUGUCUCUCUCCAAAAUAGGAUUUAUGUACAGAACAUCAUCGAAAAUUUCAAGAUAGCAGUUUUUUCCAUUUUUACGUUUUUGAAAAUUUACGAUGGCAGAGUUUGAAGGUGGAAGAUGAUAAAAUCCCCAAAAACGCAAAAACAUAUAUAAUAUUAGAACGUAAGAGUGAGAGAGACGUAAAUUAACGGAGGCCCAUCCGUCGUCUGUCCUCCACUUCCUUCUAAAACCAUUUGAAUUACUUGAAUUUCAGAAUUCUAUUGUCCUUAUCGAUUCUCCAGGGCUUUUCUUCAUCUGGGUGUGAUCCAUCGUUCUUGGCUAUCGGGGCUAGGUUCAAAAUUUUCUUCGAUGGAGGGGAUUUUGAUUUCUCGGACGGAUUCUCAAGGAAUCGAAACUUUGGCCUCUAGGGCUUCCGAUUUUCCCCAACCCUAUCCGGUUUCUAUUUCCGACGAUUCCUCUUCCGCCGUGGGUUAUCCAGAAGUCGAUUCUUUUCGAGAGCUUAACGUGUCGUUAGGCCCCGAGUGUUUUCUGAGUGAAAAAUCUGUUGAAUCUAGGGAAAGUGACUCUGAGUCACUGCCAAGCAUUGGAGAAAUGCAAAAACCUCGUGGGAAUUGCUUCUAUUAUGAUUCGCCUUUGUUGGAAGAUACUGGAGUCUGGAUACCCAUUUCUGUUCCACCCAUGUCUGAAUCUGAUCAUGAAGAGUGGGCCAAAGGUUUUCACUUGAAUGGUGGUUGCUUCCCUGAAGAGGAAUUGGGAUAUAGCCAGUGCUUUGGGGGAGAAAAAGAGUUGACAAUGUGGGAUGUGAUGGUAGAAAUGUUAACUGCUGCUCGUGGAAGAGUUGGUUCACUGGGUUCCAUCGGUAACAAUGGUUGUAGGUUGUCAUGGAUGUCUAGCCAUAUGCUGGAGCAAGCUUGGAGUGAACUGGAACAUUCUCUCACUGAAGCAAAUUUUGGAAAUGUAAGGGAAAUUCUUGAAGCAGAGCCACCCAGAUGGCUGUCUGAUAGUUCUGCUGCUUCUUGCAUGUUAUGUGGUGUGAGGUUUCAUCCAAUAAUGUGCUCCAGGCAUCACUGCCGAUUUUGCGGUGGAAUAUUUUGUGGGGACUGCUCCAAAGGAAGGAGCUUGCUGCCUGUAAAAUUUCGUGUUGCAGAUCCACAACGAGUAUGCGAUGUAUGUAAUGUGCGCCUUGAAUCUGUGCAACCAUAUUUAAUGGAUAAAGUGAGUAAUGCUGCGCAGCUACCGACCCAUGACUUGACAGACCUCAGUACAUUGAGGUCAUGGGUAAACUUUCCUUGGGGACAGUCAAUGGAAUAUGAGAUCUAUAAAGCAACAAACACCAUUCGAGCUUAUAAUAAGGUGGGUUCUCUAAAGCCUGAAAAACUAAUUCCAGACGCCAUUCUACGACAAGCAAAAGGCCUCGCAAUUAUUACUGUUGUCAAAGUGGGAGCAGUGAUGACUUACAAUGUAGGAACUGGUCUCGUGGUUGCACGUAGAGAAGACGGCUCGUGGUCUCCUCCAUCUGCAAUUUCAUCAUUUGGUAUGGGGUGGGGGCCUCAGAUUGGAGGAGAACUGACCGACUUCAUAAUUGUAUUGAGGACGUGUGAUGCUGUCAACACAUUCAGUGGUAAUGUGCAUCUGGCUGUUGGGGCCGGUGUGAGUGCAGCAGUUGGAGUCAUUGGAAGGACAGCUGAAGCCGACGUACGGGCUGGUGAUGGUGGUUGUGGCUCCUGUUAUACAUAUAGUUGUAGUAAAGGUGCGUUUGUUGGAUGUUCACUUAAAGGAAGCAUCGUUACCACUCGGACACGAGAAAAUGCUCGGUUCUACGGCAGUCAGUCAAUAACUGCCACUGACAUUCUCGUUGGGGCGCUCCCAAGACCACCCGCAGCUGCCAUUCUUUAUAAUGCUCUUGCUGAUCUUUAUCAGAAGAUUGAGAAAUGAUCAAGCUCAGUUUGAAGUAAAUUCAUCGGUUUCUAUCCAUGGAAUAAGAAAUCUCUACAGCCUCAUUCGGUUAAGCAUUUGCCUUUAUUAGGUACACAAACUGUAUAGUUCUUCUUCACCAUUAUUCUUUGUCUCUGUGAAUAAACUUUCACCUAUUGCCUUUUACGCACAUGUAUAGAAAACAAGUCGAAAUGGGAUCUGAUUAUACUUAUGAUUUGUGUAAAUACAUUGGUGUUGUGGAACGGUUGCCUCCAA